GGAGAGGCAGCCUUGUGGAGCAGGGGCCAGGGUCUUGCAGUCUGCAGGCCCCCUCAGGCCGCGUCCUCUUGGCCAGUGAGUAUCAGGCUCGGACCUCCAAGCUCCAUCUCAGCCCAGGCAGAAACCCUCCCGUUCCGCCUAGAACGGGGGUUGCUCUGACGCCUGCUUUGGAGGCGGGUCCUGGCGGGAAGCGCCUCCUGGGAGAAGUGGGGCGCUGUCCCAACUAUAAAAAGCCUCGCACCCCGACCCUUCUCCACCUCGCUGCAUCUUUGCACUUCUCCCGACUCGACGUCGUCGUUACAGGGAAGAAGCGGGUGAGAAAAACUUCUUUUCCACCGUCUUGCCCAUUUCCGCAGACUUGUUCCGAGGCCGAGGAGCCUUUGUUGGAAGAGAUGGUCAUGGUCCUGAGCCCCCUGUUUUUGGUCUUCAUGCUGGGUCUGGGUCUGACCCCACUGGCCCUGGAUCAAGAUGACUACAGAUACAGACACUUCCUGACCCAGCACUACGACGCCAAACCAAAGGGCCGGGAUGACAAAUACUGUAAUAACAUCAUGCAAAAUCGAGGCCUGACCAGACCUUGCAAAGACACCAACACCUUUAUUCAUGGCAACAAGAAGGACAUCAAGGCCAUCUGUGAAGACAGGAAUGGAGAACCUUAUGGAGGCAAUCUCAGAAUAAGCAGAUCUGCAUUCCAGGUCACCACCUGCAAGCAUAAAGGAGGUUCCUCCCGGCCUCCAUGCAAGUACAGAGCCACAGAAUCCUCCAGAGUCAUUGUUAUUGGCUGUGAAAAUGGCUGGCCCGUCCACUUUGAUGAGUCCUUUAUCCCUUCAAGAUAGUAGCCCAAAGCUGGCUCUGCUCAUCUUUCUUUGCAUUUUCCCCUUAGACUGCGGCAACAUUCAUUGAUAAGAAUCCAGAAAAUGAGCUGCUGAUCUUUUCUGCUUUACAAUAUGCUUCAUAAAUAAAAAGUCUCUCAAAUCAGUAAGAA